AUGGCUGAAGUCGUACAACGUCAUUUAGAAGAUAUGUUAUCAGAAUUUGAACAAGCUAAACGAAUUGGCUUGUUUACAGAAGCUGAAAUUAAAAAAAUAGUUCGAACAAGAAGACGACAUGAAUAUAAGAUCAUUCGACGAACAAAAGAAAAAGAAUGUUAUCUUGAUUAUAUAAAAUAUGAAACUCAUCUUCUUAAACUUGUACAACUUCGUCGAGAAAAAUUAAAAUUAGGAAGAAUUUAUAAGAAAAAUGAAAUCGAUUUAGCUAUUAAACGACGUAUUGAACGACUUUUUCGUAGUGCAUGUCAUCGAUUUAAGAAAGAUGUUAAUUUAUGGUUAACAUUUAUUGAAUUUCUUAAAAAACAAUAUGAUUAUUCAACAGCAUCAAGUAUAUUUACAACUGCAUUACAUACACAUGGAAAUAAAUAUUGGUUAUGGAUAAUGGCAGCAAAAUUUGAAUUUGAAACUAUGGUAUCUCCAUCAUCAGCUCGUUCAUUAUUUCAACGUGCACUUCGUAUAAAACCAAAUGAAAAAAAACUUUGGCUUGAAUAUUUUAAAUUUGAAUUACUCUAUGUUGAAUUAAUACAAAAACGACAAUUAGUACUUGAUCGAACAAAACAAGAAAUAGAAAAUAAUGAAGAUGAUGCUAUAUUACAAGGCAAAAUUGUUGAAAUUGUUUUUCAUAAUGCACAAACAACUAUUCAAAAUGAUCCAAUAUUUAUUUGUUCAUUUGUUAAAAUUCUUUAUGAAUUUUCACAAUUUUCAUUUGUUGAAUCAUUAGUUAAUCAAAUUUAUUCAGUUUUAAAAGAUAAAUAUUCUUCUAAUGUACUUGCUCAAUCAUUAAUAGCUCAACGUCCAUUAAUAAAUGAACGUAAAAUGAUUGAUGAAGCAACUAAAAAAGAACAAGACGUUACUUUUAUGAUUGCUAUACUUGAACAACAAGUUAGAGAAAAUUAUGAACAACAAUUAAAUAAUUCAAUAGUUGAUAAGAAUGAAUUAUGGAAUUUAUAUCUUGAUUUUUGUGUUCAACGUCUUAGUCAAGCAUCAGAUUCAAAUAAAACUGAGCAUAUUUCUAUCUGUGAUCGAAUAUUCUCAUUGGCAAGUGAACAGAUUUCUUUAACAUCUGAACAUUAUUUAGAAUGGGUAUCAAUAGUUGAUAAUAAUCGAGCAAAAGUUAUUAUUAAAAAAGCAACUGAUCAUUAUCCAAAUGAUGCUUCUCUAUGGAAUAAACGUUUAUCAUUAUUAAUUGAAGAAUCUGUUGAUUGCAAAACAAUAAAAAAAGAAUUUAAACUUGCUUGUGGAAAUUCAGAUGUCAAAAAAUCUUCUCUAAUAUGGAAUACUAUAAUUGAUUAUGCACAAGAAAAUGAUCAUAAAUGGACAGAAGAAUUAUUCGAACAAUCUCAAAUGGAAUCAUUUGAUCUUUCUGUAACAUUACAAUUAAAAUCAAAAUAUUUACAAUGGGUUAAUCAAAACAAAUCAAUAAAACAAAUUCGACAAUUAUUUGACAAAUUAUCAUGUCGAAUACCAGCUUCAUUACCAUUCUAUAUGGAUUAUAUUAAAAUAGAACAAUCAUUAUCAAAUAUUGAUCAUAAACGUAUUAAAACUGCAUUUGAACAAGCUAUUAUUUAUUUUGGUAAAACAUCAGCUGAUCUUUGGCUUGCUUAUUUGGAUUAUUCAAAACAACAUCAAUCACUUGAUUUUAUUACUAUAUCUCGUAUACAUUCACGUGCACUUCAUAUACUUGAAUCUGAUGAAUUAAAACGUUUUAAUACUGAAUGUGCAUUAAAAAAUUUAACUUAA